CAAUUUAUAUCAUAUUAGCGCGCUCCAAAAAUGAAAGGAGACGCUGAAGCUACGUUAUCGGCAGUGGCGUCGAACCAUCCCGAGUUUACAACCCUGGUCGAUGGAAUAAAGCAUUACCUGGAAGUUAAGUACUACCAUGAAUUAACAAACGCUUUGAUCGAACUUGUGAACUCACCAAACAUAGCCUGUGAUGACAAAAUCAGGGUGUUUGAAGUCAUUGUGCAUCCCAUUAAGGACUCACUCAACAAACUGAGGUUCGCACAAAUACUGGCAACAUGUUCAGAAAAUCUAGACUCAAAGGUGGCAUUAGAACACCUUUGUAAGUACGACUCAUUCCUAGAAAAUGAACUAGAAGCGCAUAUAAUGCACCAAAUCGCAAAGGCACAUCACAUGGUUAAGUCAAAUCAAAUCAAGGACUGUGACCAAUUACUCAAUGAUAUCAAGGAGAAAGUAGAAGCACACUUGAAUAUAGACAUAUCAGUGCACGCAGCCUACCAUAAAGCUGCAGCACAACUGCACAAGGCAACUAAAAACUUCUCGCUGUGCUACCAGGAGUGGAUCAUGUACCUAGCGUACACUAGUCUGAACGAUAUACCAGAAAGUGAAAGGAAAAACAUCGCCAUGGAAAUUACAAUCUGUGCUGUAAUAGCAGAAGAUAGCUUCGGAUUUGGUGAACUUAUACACCAACCGAUUAUAGAAGCAUACCUCAAGGAAGGUGAACAUCAAUGGUUAUACGAUCUGUUGCAAAUAUUCAACGAAGGGCAAUUAAACCAGUUUGACGACGCCAUGGAACGAUAUCGCGGACAAAUAUUGCAUACAGAACUUGCCGGUAAAGAGCCACAACUAAGGCAUAAAUUGACCCUGAUAUCACUACUUAACCUCGCUUUCAGUAAACCCAGUAAGCAGAGGACACUGCAUUUCCAGGAUAUUGCUCAACACUGUGCAAUUCCCUUGUACCAAGUAGAACCCCUAGUACUCAGAGCACUGGCACUCAAGUUAAUCAAAGGCCAUAUCGACCAGCUACAGCAAACAGUAAACAUCACCUGGCUACAGCCCAGGAUACUGGAUAUGACAAAAUUGCAAAACCUGACUGCGAAACUACAAGAUUGGAUUGAAGCGACUAAUAACAUAGUCAUUAACCUAGAAACAAUGACGAACACAGAAGCUUAGCUAAUGCUAAUAUUUCA